UCCGCUAGAGAGGUCCCUUAGCUAGGUAACGAUCAGUGCAGAACUCCUUGGUUCGUAUUCCAAGAUUACAGUUAGAUGGGCUGCUUGAAUUGAACUACUUGCAUCGACGUUUUAACAGCGCAGUCUUCUCAUGACGAGGGACUUUUAGUCAGCUCACGCUCGCUAGCUAGUUAGCUCACGUACUGACUGGCUCCUCAUUUUCACAUGACAAGUAAGCUGUGCAACCUACGUCCAAACUGUUAUAGUAGUCAUCAGUUGUUUUGCUAGACAGCAGAGCUGCCUGUGCAGUGGCGUUUGGGAGACGUGGUUCAAUCUCUUAGGGAUAAAAAUCAGGAGACAAAAUGGCAUCUGACUCUCCACGCAGACCAAGUCGCUGUGCUGGAGGGGUCAUAGUGCGAGCACAAGCUGCCACGGAGCAGUCAUACAUGGAAAGUGUUGUGACUUUCUUGCAAGAUGUGGUUCCUCAGGCAUACACUGGGGCACCCCCAACUGAUGAAAAAGAGAAAAUCCUUUGGGUCCGAUUUGAGAAAGCUGACAUCAACGACACGGCCUGGAACCCAGAGUUCAUGGAAAUGCACAAUGGUGCCUCUGACCCUCCUCUCUGCCUCAUGAUUGGCUACGCUGAUGGGAUGCAGAUCUGGAGCAUAUCUUUGGCAGGGGAGGCUCAGGAACUGUUUUCGGUGCGCCAUGGUCCAGUAAGAGCAGCACACAUCCUGCCAGACCCUCAUAUCAGUCCCCUGAAGAUGGACAGUUUUGCAGACAAGAGACCCUUGCUCGGGGUGUGCAAGAGCACGGGAUCCUCUGGGACAAGCCCCCCCUACAGCUGUGCUGACCUCUACUCUCUACGGACAGGGGAGAUGGUCAAAUCAAUCCAGUUCAAGACGCCCAUAUAUGAGCUACACUGCAACAAACAGAUUCUAGUCAUUAGCUUGCAGGAGAAGAUUGCUGCAUUUGACAGCUGUACCUUCACCAAGAAAUUCUUUGUUACAAGCUGCUAUCCAUGUCCUGGUCCCAACCUCAAUCCAAUAGCCCUGGGAAGCUGCUGGCUAGCCUAUGCUGAAAAUAAGUUAAUCCGGUGUCAUCAGUCUCGUGGAGGGGCCUGUGGUGACAGUGCUCAGUCCUACACAGCUACGGUGAUAAACGCUGCCAAAACACUAAAAACAGGUCUCACAAUGGUUGGAAAGGUUGUAACCCAGCUGGCUGGCACCAUACCUGCAGGGACUCCAGACGAAGAGGGCACCCCACACAGCGCUAGUCGCCGCAGCCCCCACAACCCCGGAGUGGUCACCAUAAUUGACAUAAACACUGUGGGCGAGGGACAGGUCCUGGUGAAUGAGGACUCGGACGGCGAGGGAAUAGUGGCUCACUUCCCAGCUCAUGAUAAACCCAUAUCCUGCAUGCAGUUCAACCCCAGCGGCAUGCUGCUAGUGACGGCAGACACACUGGGACAUGAUUUUCACGUCUUUCAGAUCCUCACCCACCCCUGGGCCUCCUCACAGAGCGCUGUUCACCAUCUCUACACACUGCACCGCGGGGAGACUGAAGCCAAGGUGCAGGACAUGUGCUUCAGCCAGGACAGCCGCUGGGUGGCCAUCAGCACGCUGCGCGGCACCUCGCACGUCUUCCCCAUCAACCCGUACGGCGGCAGCCCCUGCGCCCGCACCCACAUGUCCCCGCGUGUGGUCAAUCGCAUGUCCCGCUUCCAGAAAAGCGCAGGCCUGGAGGAGAUUGAGCAGGAGCUCAGCAGAGCUGCAACCGGAGGUGUGGGAGGAGGCGGCGGCUGUGUCAUAGGGGGUCCAGGAGUCAUAGGGGGGCGCUGCAGCCCCAUCCCUGGGCUGUCCAGCAGCCCCUCGGGAUCUCCUCUUCACGCCAAGCUGGGUAACCAGGAGUCCUACAACAACUUCACUAAUAACAACAUGGGAAAUCCACGGCUGUCCCCUCUGCCCAGCCUGACCACCGUGCUGCCUUUGGCACAGAUCAAACAGCCCAUGACCCUGGGAACCAUCACCAAACGCACAGGACCCUACCUCUUUGGGGCGGGAUGUUUUGCCAUUAAAACUCCAUGCAAAGCUAAGCCACCACCUCAGAUCUCACCCAGCAAGUCCAGUGGAGGAGAAUUCUGCGUGGCUGCCAUCUUUGCUUCCUCACGGUCAUGGUUCAUCACCAACCCUAACAUAAAGAGAGAAAAAGAUCAAUCCAAGCAGUCAGUCGUGGACUCGCUCUACAUCCUCAGUUGCUAUGGUAACUUGGUAGAGCAUGUCCUGGAGCCUCGACCAAUAAGUUCAGCACAGAAAAUAAGUGAUGACACGCCUUUGGAACUUAACGCCUGUCCAAGGGCCUGCUGGACUUUAGCCAGGACGCCGCAAUGGAAUGAGCUGCAGCCACCUUUCAACUCUAACCAUCCCUUGGUGCUAGCCUCUGACUUGGUGCAGUACUACCAGUAUCUCCUGGCUGGCUUGAAUCCCCCAAGAAGCCCAGCACUGACAGGCCCUAUCACACGCCACGAGUCCUACGACAGCCUGGCGUCGGAGCCCAGCGGACUGGAGGAUGAGGAGUGGCUGUCCCAGGUGGAAAUUGUGACCCACACAGGGCCCCACCGACGGCUAUGGAUGGGCCCCCAAUUUCAAUUUAAGACCAUUCACCCAUCGGGCCAGACCACAGUCAUCUCCUCAUCCUCCUCAGUGCUUCAGUCCCAGGGCCCUGCUGACGUCCAGCAGCCCCUUUUGGACUUUGUCACAGAUGACCUGGACCUGCACAGCCUCAGGAUCCAGCCAGUGCGAUCAGAGCCAGUGAGCAUGCCUGGCUCCUCCAGGCUGGUGGCUGAGCGUCGGGGACAGCCCAGCAUCAUAGAGAGUGGAUCAGGGCCGUUCGACGGGCGUGGGGUCACCUUGCUGGAAGUGUGCGGUAGCUGGCCGGAGAGCUUCGGUCUUCCUCGCCACACCAUGGGCUCCGUGGACACCAGCGAUGAGGGCUUGAGAGAGAGGCUGGCGGACGCCAUGUCAGAAUCGCCGUCCAGAGACAUCGCAGCGUCCUCCACAGAGCUGCAGAGGGAGGGCAGUAUCGAGACCCUCAGUAACAGCUCUGGCUCCACCAGUGGUAGUAUCCCACGCAACUUUGAGGGCUACCGCUCUCCCUUACCCACCAAUGAGAACCAGCCCCUCAGCCUGUUCCCCUCCACCUUCCCCUAGACUGCCCCAUUCCCGCCACCCACUCACCUGCCCCUCCACACCCCUACGGCCACCCUUCACCAGGAUUAACCACCAACCAACUCGCUGUCCUUCAUGUCCAGACAGACCAGACAGGCACCAACAUAACAGAAAGAUGCCAAUGUGGGAAUCAGACAACCAACAACAUACCGGAAACACAUCUUCCUACAUGUAUCUAUUUGUAGUGUGUGUUGUUGAGAUGUUGUUGUCAUACUUGCGUGAUGAUCAAAGUUCAGUGUUUUCCAUACAGGCCUGAGAGGAGCUCCUUUAGAUGUUAUGUUGCCCAUCAGAGCAUGUUGGCGCCACAACCUGGGCUGCUUCCCAAACAAAGUAAGCGGGUUGAAAAUAAGAUCUCCUACUGAAAAAUUCAGUGGACUAAGAAACGCUGAGGGAAACCCCAGGUGUGAUCAUCUUCUGUCCAGCUAGGUCCGCGUGGGCUGGUCAUGAUGUGCCCUAUAGUUUCGGCUCAGCCUCGGGAAAGAUGUGCAUACUGUGAAGAAGUUUAUGUUCUAAUCAGUGACGUGUAGCAGGGAAGUACACGCAGCUCCCUCUUCCCUCCAUGUGCUCAUGAACGCAUGUUAAUGGGUUUUUAUCACAUUGUGGUAAAUGUUAAUUGACCUUUCUUUUCUUAAACAUUCAUCCCUUUUCACUUGUGUAUGAAACAAAAAGGCAAAUGUAAAGUCACUGCUGGUAUUUGUUGAAGCAAUUUUGUUUGCAAAGUAUUUAGAUAUGGCUCUGAAAUCAUUUGGAUAUUGUCAUUUUCAGCCCUUCCAGGAUGGAAAGUGUAACUGACCUGAGUAUUUGUUGCUCUCUGACGACCUUCCACAGCAAUAAGGCUGUAUUGUGUAUUACAUUUGAAGACCCAGAUUCUUUUAUGUAUAGAUCUUUUUCUCUUAUUCUCUCCAUCUCUCGUGUUUUUUGAAUUUGUCAUUAUCGAUCAUGAGAAGAGUGUGGUUUGCACUGUUAGGUUAAUGCCCAUCCAGCCAAUGAAACUUGUACAAUUUGCCAACUUGCUUUUUUAAGCUAGACUUAAAGGCAUAUAGGAAAAAGGAGUAACAUUUCAAACUUAAGAAAGGGGUGCCGAGUAUUUUCUCACAAGUAAACAUCUCAUGUUAAUCAAAGCUAUAAGUGUAAAUAAUGUAGGCCUGCUAGCUUGAGUCGUUGUUAGCAUAUGGAUGUGUGUGUCGGAAGAGCGGUGGCCUGAUGCUGUGUGGCCACUGGACAGUGCAGUGCACAAAGGCAUGAAUUGAAUGCAGAACAUGUGCUUGUUGUUAAAUGCAUUUUUUGGUUUUGCAUAAUACUGAGUCCUUUGCCCAGCAUUUAUGCAAGUGAAAUAAUAAAACUUGUGGAAAUAAAACUAUU